AUGCAAUCAUUGAACGAUUGGGUGACAAAAGAGUCGAACGCGAUCAAGGCGUUGGCAAAACCAAAGUCGGAACUAACCCCUGAGGAGCUGGCGAGGCAAGAAGAGGAAGAAUUCAACACCGGUCCACUCUCGGUGCUAACGCAGUCGGUGAAAAACAACACGCAGGUUCUGAUAAACUGUCGCAACAACAAAAAACUGCUUGGACGCGUGAAAGCGUUCGAUCGGCACUGCAACAUGGUGCUGGAGAACGUGAAGGAAAUGUGGACCGAAGUUCCGCGCACCGGCAAGGGCAAAAAGAAGGUUAAACCGGUGAACAAGGAUAGAUUUAUCUCGAAGAUGUUCCUCCGGGGGGAUUCGGUAAUUCUUGUACUACGCAAUCCACAGGCAACUGCUGCAGGAAAGUGA